AUGGCUCAAUCCACCAAGUGCUAUCUUCCUCGGUUCGCUUCGACGGUUGACGGGCCUAAACGCCCAGUCUCGAUGAAGACGAGACCGACGGCUGCUCAACAUGCGCAGUUAUUAACCGCAUGGAACGAAGGCCGUCUAGACCCAAUGCUACGAGCAACCUGGGCUCUCUUGCUGCAUUACUAUAUCCGCUCCGAGGAUAUAUGCUUCGGUUACCAACAUCUCGAGGGUGACUCCCGCUCUCCCAAAUCAUCUGUACAGCGUUCUACCGGCGUCAACAUUUCGACGAUCCGCAUAUCCAUCGACGACAACGACUCCAUCACAGCAAUUGUAGAUAAGGUGCGCGCAAACAGUGCGAAUCGCCAGCCCAAUGGAAGCUCCGAGGCCGCUUCCGACGCAUAUCUUCCUUUCAACACCAUCUUCAUGCUGCGCACAUACGACCCGCCUGCUUCUCCUUCAAAACCUAUUUUGGCAACAGCUCUUCCAGAUGAGUGUCAAGUCCGUCUUCAUGUUAAGGUGCUGCGUGGAGACAUCAGCAUCUUCCUCGAAUGGCGCAAGGGUGACAUGUCCGGGGAACAGAUGAAGAGUAUUGCAACCAUUUUUGAGCAGUUGCUUGCCAAAGUCCUUUCCGCCGAGAACACCGCUAUUAGCCAGCUUAAUUUGUUCUCGGAGAACGACUGGCAACGCAUCCGCAAGUGGAACGCCACUACUCCACAACUUUACGAUCGCUGCAUUCACGAGGCCAUACACGAUCAAAUGUUGAGCGGACCUGAUCGUGAGGCUGUGUGUGCGUGGGAUGGAAGUUUGACGUUCGCCGAGUUGGAUCACCAGGCAUCGAAGCUUGCAUGCUAUCUUCGCAUGCAGGGAGUCGGGCCGGAAAUCCGCGUGGCUUUGUGUUUCGAUAAAUCGAAAUGGAACGUUGUUGCAAUGCUUGGCGUGAUGAAAGCCGGGGGAGCUUUCGUCCCAUUGGACCCGACUCACCCAACUUCCCGACUGCAAGCUCUCAUCCAAUCGGUUCAGGCACCGGUUGUGCUGUGCUCUCAGCAUCUUGCCGAUAAACUUCGUCCUAUCGCAAAGACAUUAAUUCCCCUCUGUGCUGAUACCCUAGAUCCUCUGUCUGACCCCGCGGACAGUGUGAACCUUGCAUCAGGUGUCACAAGUCAAAAUGCGGCUUAUGUUCUGUUUACCUCUGGAUCAACAGGAGAACCCAAGGGAACCCUGUUGGAGCACCGCGCAUUCCUAUCCGGGGCGAUGGUGCAUGGACCCGGUUUGCGCAUUUAUCGGGAGUCGCGAUGCCUUCAAUUCGCCGCCCACACAUUUGAUGCCAGUUUGUCCGAGACGUUGACGGCGCUCAUUCAUGGUGCUUGUGUGUGCAUUCCGAGCGAGGAAGCUCGGCUCAACGAUAUUGUCACCACCAUCAACGAGAUGCGAGUGACGCAAGCGUGCUUCACGCCAUCAUUCAUCGGCUUUAUUGAAAUCGAGAGCGUUCCAGGACUGGAGAGUUUGGUCCUGGCUGGGGAGGCAAUGUCGCAAUCACAGCUGGCUACUUGGUCCAAAAUCAAACUGGUCAAUGGUUAUGGACCUACCGAGGCCAGUGUGGCCUCCGUGCUGAAUUCCAAUGUCACACCUGACACCGAUUGUAAAGAUAUCGGGUUGCCUAUUGGCGUGAGGACUUGGAUUGUGAACCCUGAUAACCACGAUGAACUGGUCCCCGUGGGCUGCCCCGGAGAACUACUGUUGGAAGGCCCACCCCUGGCCCGGUGCUACGUGAAUAAUCCACAAAAGACAAACGAAUCGUUCAUUUACGACCCUGCUUGGACUAAAUUGGACCCUGAAAGUGGCUCUAACCGUAGAUUCUACAAGACAGGUGAUCUCGUCAGGUACAACUCCGACACUGGUGCCCUGAAUUACGUCGGUCGCAAGGAUACGCAGGUCAAGGUUCACGGACAACGAAUCGAGCUCGGCGAAAUUGAGAAUCAGCUUAGCAAAGAUUUGAACGUCACUCAUUGCUCUGUCUUUUUCCCUAAGACUGGUUUCUCCAAGGGACGGCUGGCGGCAGUUGUGUCGUCUACUGGCUUGCUUGCGGAACAGUCUGACUCGGACUUGGAACUUCUACGACUCGUCUCUGCCUCGAAAAAGGCCGAGCUUGUCCCAGGAAUCCGAGAGCGUCUAUCAGGUCGUCUCCCCACCUACAUGGUCCCCGCGGUUUGGUUGUGUGUUGAAGCUCUGCCACUUCUGCCAUCAGGGAAACUAGACCGCAAGGGCAUUUCCACUUGGGUCGCAGGUAUGGAGAAUGAUCCAGAUAUUCAAAACAAUGCCUCUGUUGCAAUCGUUGGCACAGAGGCCUCGCAGCCCGCCAACGACAGAGAAGAAGCUUUAGCAGCUGUAUAUAGCCGUGUCCUCAACAUUCCCCAGAACCAGCUCGAUUUGAAUCAGAGUUUCCUCGCCCUCGGUGAAGCGAGGGUUUUCCUCUCUGUACAGGAGUUGCUUCGUAGCAAAUCAAUCCGCGACCUCGCAACCCGCGCAAAGACAAUCGAUCACCUUACGACUUACGAAGAAGCUAUUGAUGAACCAUUUAGCCUGUCACCCAUCCAAAUUCUUCAUUUCGGUGUACGCAAGGAGGGCCAAGGCCACUUCAAUCAAGGAAUCCUCACUCGCUUGAACAAACCCGUCGAUGAACGGACCCUCCGCAAGGCCGUCGAAACUCUGGUAUCGCGACACUCCAUGCUCCGCGCACGAUUCACUAACACAGGAUUCGCAAUGGCAUCCAACCAACACAUCACUCGCGAUAUUAAGGGAUCUUACAGAUGGCGGAUGCAGAGUCUUGGCAGCAUGGACGAAGUCAAGACUCAUGUCGCCGACAGCCAAUCUUCUAUCAAUUGCUUCUCUGGGCCGUUGCUUGCAGUCGAUUAUUUCUUGGUAAAGGGCAAGCCUAACGUCCUGUCAAUGACAGCUCACCACUUGGUUGUUGACAUUGUGUCAUGGAGAAUUCUUCUAGAAGAUUUGGAAGACAUCAUCUUAAACCCGGAGAAAACAAAUACCAGUGAUGGCUCCUUGCCUUUCCAGACCUGGUGCCGCCUGCAGAAUGAGCACUGCAACACCCUCCGGGCUGAGCAUAAAGUUGCAACCGACGCUCUCGCCGCACCUAAUUUUGGUUACUGGGGGCUAACAGACACUCAAACCACAUAUGGCGAUGUGGAUUGUGCCUCGUUUGAAAUCGACCCAGCCCACACCAAUGCCAUUCUGCUAGAAUGUCACAAAGCUCUUGGAACAGAGCCAAUUGACCUCUUCCUGGCAGCGAUGCUCCACUCGUUUGGCCGAGCGUUUCCCGAUCGCUCUCUCCCAACGAUCUACAACGAAGGCCAUGGACGAGAAGUCUGGGACCCCUCCAUUGAUAUCUCGCAUACUGUCGGUUGGUUCACUAUUCUGCACCCAAUCUUCGUGUCUACAUACAAGUCCGACAACCCCCUUGAUACCCUCAUCCAGGUGAAGGAUCUCCGUCGUCGUGUCUCGGACAAUGGUCGCGCAGAUUUCACCAGCCGCGUCCUGCCAGCUCAGGGAAACCAAGGGUCAGAACACCCUCAUCCCUUUGAGAUGUCGUUUAACUAUGUCGGUCAACAUCGCGAUCUGCAAAGGCAGGAUGGUCUCUUCCAGCUUGUUGAUCAGAUGGCCGGAGAAGCUGGCCAAGGAGGCGGUGCCGCUGACUUUGGCGCCGAUACUCCCCGCUUCGGUCUGUUCGAGAUCUCUGCGAUGGUCGUGUCUGGAAAGGUUCGAUUCAACUUCUCCUUCAAUAAGUUCAUGCAGCACCAGAAUCGUAUUCACCGAUGGGUUUCUGAAUGCCAGGAGCUGCUUGUAACCCUCUCCGAGCAGCUCCCGACCCUCGAACGGCGUUUGACUCUCAGCUCAUUCCCCAUGCUGUCGUUAACCUACCCUACCUUGGAAAAGUUGCUCAAUGAGAAAUUGCCUGCUAUGGGUAUCGAGUCCCCGGACCUUGUUGAGGAUAUAUACCCUUGUUCCCGCAUGCAGCAGGGUAUCCUCCUUGGUCGCAAGCGUGAUAGCUCCUACUACGCUGUCCACGACACCUUUGAAAUUAAGGCCAGCGGAUCUAGUGAGCCAAACCUCGAUCGCCUCGUCGAUGCAUGGCAGAAGGUCGUUUCUCAUCAUGCAAUGUUCCGCACGAUAUUCGUUGAGAACCUCACCCCUCGGGACCCCUUCUGCCAGGUCGUACUGAAGAGUUAUGAUGUUGCUCCCGUCUUAUUGCAGUCUUCAGGGGAAAAUGAUGUGCUUGCUACCUUUGACAAGGAAGACCCCAAGGAUUACAGCGAGCCGGAACCAGCGUAUCGUUUCACUAUUUGCCAGACACCUACUGGCAGGCUGUUUGCCCGCAUUGAGCUCAGUCACGCUGCAAUGGAUGGUAACUCGAUCUCAAUUAUCUUCCGUGACUUGCAGCUCGCAUACGCUGGCAGACUCGAGGAAAGCCCUCAGCCUUUGUUCAAAGAUUAUAUGCAGUACCUUCAGGAUGCGCCAAAGGAAGCCAGCAUCAACUACUGGCGCUCGUACUUGGACCAGGCUAAGCCGUGCCACUUCCCCGCCCUCACUGACGGCCAACAAUCGUCAAAGGCACUUCGGUCCAUACCGGUCAACUUCGAAGCCCUCAACGAACUACAAGCUGUCUGCGAGAAGCGCGGAAUCACUCUCGCAAAUGUCUUCAAUGCUGCGUGGGGCCUUACUCUACGCACCUUCUGUGGAUCUGACGAUGUCUCCUUUAGCUAUAUGGCAUCCCUACGUGAUGUCUCUGCCGAGGGCGUCCAGUGGGUUAUUGGACCUGUCAUCAACCUUCUAGUCUGCCGCAUGAAGGUUGCUGAUAACGCGAAGCUCAGUGAUGUGCUGCACCAAAUCCAGAACGACUACAUGGAGAGCCUUCCUUACCGUCACACUUCGCUCAUUGACAUUCAACAUGCUUUGAAGCUAUCCGACACCAAUUUGUUCAAUUCCGGUGUCUCCUACCGCCGACUUCCCAGUUCUAAGGAUGCUGUCAGCAGUGACAUCGAGUGCGUUGAGGUUGGCUCAAUCCACGAUCCCGCCGAGUUCCCAGUUUUCAUCAACAUCGAGGCCAUGGACACCACUGCUCGCAUUGACCUCAACUAUUGGACUACCAACCUCUCGGAUUCACAGGCUGCCAAUGUGGCUAAUACCUAUCUUCGUUGCCUUGAGAACGUUGUGUCGAACAUUGACGGCGAAAUUCGCCAGCUUGACAGUUUGAGCGAGGACAACCGCGCCCAGAUCAUGUCAUGGAACGGCAAGACCCCCAAGCCCUUUGAGAAGUGCGCUCAUCAGGUUGUCCAAGAGAUGGCCAAGAAGGUCCCUGAUGCAUUGGCUGUCACUGCCUGGGAUGGGAACUUGACUUACUCCAAGUUGGAUCAGUUCUCCUCUCGCUUGGCAAGCUAUCUUGUCACCUUCGGCGUCGGUCCUGGCACCCUGAUCCCCAUCUGCUUCGAGAAGUCUGUGUGGAACAUCGUCUCCACAUUGGCAAUCAUGAAAGCCGGUGGUGGAUGUAUCCCGGUUGACACAUCUCAGAGUCUGGCUCUUGUUGAGAAAUGGAUCGCCGACAAUGCCGUGCAAGUUGCUCUGGCUUCCCCGGAGAAGGCUCAGGUCCUCGAGGAUGCCGUCCCGUACGUCAUCCCUGUAAGCGAGUCUCUUCUGGAGUACCUCGCCGAUGAGGUUCUCAACCCAGUGACACAAUCAUCUGACAUCGCAUACGUCGCUAUGACUGCCGGCACGUCUGGCCCAGCUAAGAGUGUCGUCCUUGACCAUUCGACUGUCAUGACCCGGGCCGAAGCAUUUGCUACCACCAUGGCAAUUGCCGAUGUCUCCAGGACUCUGCAGUUUGCACCCCACACAUCUGAUGCAUUUAUCGUGGAGGCAUUCGGCACUUUCAUGUGGGGUGGUUGCAUUUGCAUUCCGGCUGACAUUGACCCCCUCAACUUGGCCGCCUCUAUCAAUGCGCUCCACGUUAAUGUUGCUAGCAUCACCCCUACAGCCGCAAGCUUCUUCUCUCCCAAGGAUGUUCCGGGACUGCGAUCGAUUGCCCUAGGUGGCGAAGUGGUUCCUCAGAGCGUUCUUGAAUACUGGCAGACCGAUGAUCUCCAAUUGCAGGUUCUGUACGGAACAUGUGAGAGCUCGGCUGCCUCCUUCCACGUUUUUUGUUCUCAGGAUGAGAACGAGGCUUCCCUCAUUGGAAAGAGCACUUCCUGUGUUUCGUGGGUUGUUGACCCCGCCAACCACGAUCGUCUUGUUCCGAUCGGUGGUGUUGGAGAAUUGGUACUUGAGGGGCCCGUUCUUGCUCGGGGCUACCUCGACGAACAGUCCGUAGAUAGCAGCGACUUUUUCGAGAACGCUUCUUGGCUUUCUGGACGACGAGAAGGGGGUAGACACCGCCUGUUCAAGACCAGAGAUCUUGUUCGAUACAAAUCCGAUGGCUCCCUCAUUUUCGUCGGCCGAAAGAACUAUAAGAAUGAAUCCGCCCUGUCUAGCGAGCUUAUUCAGACUCAAGCGCGCAUCGAUUCAUUCCUGGACCACAAGAAGAAGUAUAUUGUGGAGAGAAUCCAGCUGCAACGUGAUGAUGUGAAGACCAAUGCUCUCGUUGCUUUCGUGGUUUCUCCCGACACCACCCCGCUCACCUCUGGGGAUCGCGUCCUCCAGUCCGCGACACCUUGGCUGAAAGAUGCCAUCUCCAGCCUGCACGCCAAUCUGAGCACCAGUCUUCCUGUUAGCAAGGUUCCUAGUUUCUACAUCCCCAUUUCCUCCCUCCCCCUGACCCUCUCUGGAAAGCUAAACCGCCAGGCCCUCAAGACCGAAACAAAAGCGCUUUCGAGCAGUGCUCUCGAGGCUUUCGACAUCAAGCGUUGGAACGGAUCCAAGGCUGGUAACCGGACUUCACGUCAUGCCAGUCUCUCUCAGGUCAACGUCGCUUUCUGGAAGGAGUAUCUCGCCGAUGUAGAGCCCUGCGUUUUCCCGGCCCUCUCCCAUGAGGCAAGCGACAAUGGCCGGUGCACCCGCACGCUCAACAAGCAGACCGCCAACAUCCAUGCCUUCAGCAGCUUGUCUGGCAUUCCUGCGGAAACUAUCUUCCAGUUUGCUUGGGCCGUUGUCCUCCGGUGGUACACGGGCUCGGACGAUGUGUGCUUUGGCUAUUCUGCCUCGACUUCAGAGACUAAAUUGGAGGCCAACGGCAUUGCCACCUGCCGCUUCCUCGUGCAGAACGAGCAAAAGCUCCAUGAGACUCUCCAAAAAGCAAAGAAGGACUCAGAGAACAGUGCGUUGAACGUAGCUACCCUGGAUGCCGUCAAACACCAGCUUGGACUCGAUGAUAUAACCCUCUUCAACACCUCCCUGAUUUAUCGCACGGCUUCCCAUCUUCCCAAAGGAAGUACCCGUGAGCCAAGCACCUCCAGUGCUUACAAGAUCCUGGUCGAAGCUGAAGUCUCGCACUCAUACGCCGAGAUCCACUUCAACUACUCCUCAGAAACUCUUUCCUCCUUCCAGGUCAACCAUGUCAUGGACAUGUUUGAUCAAGCUUUGGACGAUCUGAUAGCCCACAAACUCCGCGACCGCACCGUCGGAGACAUCAAUAUAUUACCCGAGCGCUCAGUUCGCCAAAUCCGCGAUUGGAAUGCCGCAUCCCCCCCUAGAGUAGAGAAGUGCGCCGACGAGUUGAUUCAGCAGCAGGCGCUCCUUCACCCCCGCGCAGAAGCCGUUUGCUCUUGGGACAAGAAUUUCACUUAUGGGCAGCUUGAGAUCGUCUCUAGUCGUCUGGCUCGCCAUCUCUCCAGUCUUGGAAUCAAGCCCGAAGCAUUCGUGGUGUUGUGCUUCGAGAAGUCAGCUUGGGCUGUAGUUGCUCAGCUGGCUGUUCUGAAGGCGGGUGGAGCCUUCGUUUCAAUUGACCCAUCCCACCCGGAUUCCCGACUGAAGAUGCUCAUCGAUGAAAUCGGCACAAAUCUUGUCUUGUGCUCAUCUUCAGUCCACACCAAAGUUUCGAAGCUCUGCGCGAAAUCGUUCGCCGUCUGUCAGACUUCAAUCUCCCAACUUCCUGACUCGCCUUUAGCUUUGCCUGGUGUUCGUCCUACCCCGAACAAUGCUGCAUAUGCUAUCUUCACUUCUGGUACGACUGGGAAGCCAAAGGCGACUGUUGUCGAGCAUACUGCCCUUAGCACCACCGCGAUCGCCCUGGUCGAUUCCUUGCACAUGAACUCCACCACCCGUGCUUUGCAGUUCUCUAACUAUACCUUUGACGUCAGCAUUUUGGAGAUCAUGAUGAUUCUCAUGACUGGUGGUUGUGUCUGUAUCCCCAGCGAGGAGGAACGUAUGAACAACUUGGGUGGUGCCAUCCGCCGUAUGGAAGCCACCUUCAUCUCGGCUCCUCCUGCCAUCGUCAAUACCCUAGAGCCUAAGAACGUCCCCACACUCAAGGUCAUUAUCACAGGUGGCGAGAAGAUGCCCGCCAACCACAUCGACCGCUGGGGUGACCGGUGUGUCAUCAAUGCCUAUGGUCCCUCCGAGGCCACUGUCGUUGCCACAGUUGGUGUCAAAGUUGAUUGGGAUGGCAACCGUGUCAACGAUGAUCCCACAUCCAUUGGAACAUCUCCUAACUGCAGAGUCUGGAUUGUGGAUCCAAACAACUCCAACCGUCUGCUGCCCGUUGGUGCGGUCGGCGAAUUGAUCCUUGAAGGAAGCAACAUUGCUCGUGGAUACCUUGCCAACGAGGAAAAAACCAAGGCCUCAUUCUUCGAGAAUCCUGCGUGGAACCGUCACGCUAGCUUGCAGAGUGUGUUCAAGCGCAAUGAUCGCAUGUACCGCACUGGUGAUCUUGUUCGCUAUAACAGCGAUGGCAGUCUGGCUUUCAUCUCCCGCAAAGACACUCAGAUCAAGUUCAAUGGCCAGCGAAUUGAACUGGAGGAGAUCGAACAACAAUGUCUCCGCUGCCUACCUGAGGACUCCCAGGUGGCUGUUGAUGUCGUUGUUCCCGAGGAACGGACCAUCGCCAAGGGCCUCGCCGCAUUCUUCACCGUCCAUGACCCGGAUUCCAACGGGGGCAGCAGCGAUCAAUUCGCUCCCACGAUUUCUGGAGCCGACCCCCUGCUACUGCCCAUCUCUGUGUCUAACAUGGAUACCAUUCAGAAGUUGAAGGGCUCUCUGCCCGAGCUUCUGCCUCAGAGCAUGAUACCCCGACUCUUCUUCCCUAUCCGCAACUUGCCCUUCACUUCUUCGGCGAAGAUUGACCGCCGAAGACUGCGCGCCAUGGUUCAGACCUUGUCAAAGGACACUCUCAAAUCUUACAUUACCUUCAACACCUCAGACAGAAGGGAGCCUUCCUCAUCCACUGGCCUAGAGAUUACGCUUGUGGCCCUUGUGGAAAAGACCCUCGAGCUUGAAGCUGGCUCUGUGACAGCCGAUGACAGUUUCUUCGGUCUGGGUGGUGAUUCCUUGUCCGCCAUGAACCUUGUCGGCGCUGCUCAAGCAGAAGGUAUCGAACUUACCGUCUCCAGCAUCUUCAAUUCCCCAAUCUUGGUCGACAUGGCUAGGAGCUGCGUCAUGUCUGAUGGAGCUCCUGAAGCUAAGAAAGAAAACGUCAAGGCGUUCUCCUUGCUGCCCUCUGGAGUCUAUCUCGAAAACCUGAUGGAUGAAGUCACCGACAGUUGCGAAGUCUCCAAGGACCUCAUCAGCGAUAUCUACCCAUGCAGUGCUGUGCAGGAGGGUCUUCUGACGCUCUCUAUCAAGCAUCACGGUGCUUAUGUUGCUCAGCCCUCCUUCCGCCUUGCUGCUGGAAUUGAUGUUGGUAAAUUCAAACAGGCCUGGCAACAAACAGUGGCCGACUUGGAAAUUCUUCGCACUCGUAUUGUCCACACCGAAGCUAUGAACUUUGCCCAAGUUGUCCUGAAGGGUGCCCCUAUCUCCUGGGUCGAAGCAGAGUCGUUCGAUGCGCUGCCCAAUGACAUCCUUCACCUGCCCAAGCAAAAUGGAGCACCUCUGACGGGAUACGCCAUGGUGCAUCCCCGUGGCUCCUCCGAUAGCUACUUUGUGUGGUCUGUUCACCACGCCCUUUAUGACGGCUGGAGUAUUCCUCUGGUAUUCCGCAAGGUCGAAGAGAACUACUUUACCUCGGAGAACAAGCGCGCUGGCACACCUUACAGUCUGUUCAUUGACUACCUGGUGAAGAAGGAUAUGGAGGAGUCUGACGCUUUCUGGAAGUCUUAUCUGACUGGCCUGUCGAGCACUCCCUUCCCUCAUAACAAGAAUGCAAUGCCUGAUGUUAUGCGUGCUGGCAACACCCAGCACCACAGCAUUAAGUUUUCCCGCACCCGCAACACCGUCGACUUUACGAUCCCUGUCCUCAUGCGAGCUGCAUGGGCAAUCGUCGUUGCGACCCACACUGCAUCUGGUGAUGUGUGCUUCGGCGAGACUUUGUCGGGCAGAAAUAUCGACCUUCCCGGUGUUGCAGAUAUUGCCGGUCCUGUCCUGACUACCGUCCCUACCCGUGUCCAGGUUGACAAUGCCAUGUUGACUAUGCAGUACCUGCAGAAGAUCCACCAGUCGACCACCGAAAUGAUUCCACACUUGCACUCUGGUCUUCAGCGUAUCCGGCAGCUGAACAAGGAUACCGCCACGGGUUGCGAUUUCAAGAACCUGCUUGUGAUCCAGUCAGGCGAUGGCGAGCUCGACAACAAGAUCUGGAUCGACCAGAAACGUGAAACAAGCGAGGACUUCUUCACUCACCCCCUUGUCGUGGAAUGUGCCGUCACCAAGACGAGCAUCUCAUUCACUGUUCACCACGAUGAGCUCGUCAUCAACGGAUGGCAGACCAAGCGCAUUACUGAACAAUUUGCGCAUGUUCUGCAGCAAUUGAUUGCCUUGCCCAAGAAUAGUACUAGCAAGGUCGGAGACUUGGAGGUCAUCAGCCCCGAGGACAAGGCUGAAAUUGGUACAUGGAACGAACGCACCCCACUCACAGUGGAACGCACCGUUCAAGAUUUCAUUCGUGAGAAGUCCGAAGAGACUCCGAAUGCACAGGCCGUGUGUGCCUGGGAUGGGGACCUCACCUACAAAGAAUUCUGGAACCUGGCAUCCGGCUUCGCCAACUACCUUGUCUCUCGCGGGGUUGGUCCAGAAGUGUUUGUUCCAGUCUGCCUGGACAAAUCGGUUUGGGCAAUGGUCACCCUUAUUAGUAUUCUCAUCGCUGGCGGUGGGUACGUGCCUUUGGAUCCUUCCCACCCUACCUCGCGACACGAGGAAAUUCUCGCCGACGUCGGUGCCAACAUAAUAUUGUGCACACCCAACUACACAAACCGCUACAGCCGAGUUGUGAAGACUGUUAUCCCCAUCAGCAAGGAGACCAUCAAGGCCUAUGGCGCCCUCAAGUCAUUUGCCAGUCGCGGAACUGAAGUCAAGCCCUCCAAUAUGGCUUACGCUUUAUUCACCUCUGGUAGCACAGGUCGGGCCAAGGGAAUUAUCGUCGAGCACCGCAACGUGGUCAGCAGUAUCAUGGCAUUCGCCCCGUGGGUACGCAUGGAUGACACCUCGAGAGUAUUCCAAUUCGCCUCCCUCACUUUCGAUGCUGCUGUUAUGGAGACUCUAGCAAUUCUGAUGCUCGGAGGUACCAUCUGUGUGCCCAGCGAGGACGACCGCCUCAACGAUGUCGCCGGCGCAAUCCGUCGACUCAAUGUCACUUGGACUUUCCUCACCCCCUCGAUUGCAAGCAUCAUUGAACCGUCCUCGGUGCCUUCCCUCAAGCACCUCGUUUGCGGUGGUGAGAAGAUGUCUAAUGAAGUCAUCACUAAGUGGGCCAAUUCCGUUCACCUCAUGAACGGGUACGGACCGACAGAGACCUGUGUGUUUGCUGUCGUUGAUAAUGCAGUUGCCACCAAUCGUGAUCCUGGGCGUAUCGGUUACGGUAUUCCCAGCACUCUCACCUGGAUUGUGGACCCCGACAACCACGAUCGACUGACUCCCCUGGGCGCAGUCGGUGAACUCGCACUUGAAGGCGCUCCUUUGGCCAGGGAGUAUCUCAAAAAUCCCGAGAAGAACGCAGAAGCAUUCACCACGGACCCGGCCUGGAUCAAGGACUUCACGGCCGCGGUCCGAGGUCCUCGCCGAAUCUACAAGACUGGUGAUCUUUGCUACUACAACCCAGACGGUUCUAUUCAGUACAUCAGCCGGAAGGAUCACCAGGUCAAGUUGCAUGGUCAGCGGAUGGAGCUUGGUGAGAUCGAGCAUCGCCUUUCUGAAGAUACUCUUACCCGCCAUGCUGUCGUCGUUCUCCCUAAGAACGGCCCGCUUAAGCAGCGCCUGGUCACUGUCAUGUCUUUGAACAGUGUCGCAGCCGAUACCAAGCUAAUUUCCGACAGGCCUUGCGAGCUUGUUGAUGAGGAUGAGCUUGAGCGUCAUGCUUACAACGAGCUGGUUGAAGUCCAGAAGAAUCUUGAGAACCAGUUGCCCAUAUACAUGGUCCCUCAGACUUGGGCUCUCGUCAAAAAGCUUCCCAUGCUUGUUUCUGGAAAGCUCGACCGGAAGAAGAUCACCUCUUGGGUUGAGGAUAUUGAUGAUGUAUCGUACGACCGUAUCAUGGCCGAUUACGAUCGCAUCAAGCGUGGCAAGACCGAAGAGAAGCCGCAAGAAAAGGAAGAGAAGAAUGGAUCGCUCAGCAUCGUCCGCGAAAUCUUUGCCCAGGUGUUGAAUAUCUCCUUACAGAAGGUCAAUGUCGACCGCUCUUUUGUCAGCUUGGGCGGCGACAGCAUUACUGGAAUGGCUGUCAUUUCUCGCGCUCGCAAGCAGGGGCUCGUUCUAACACUACACGACAUCUUGCAGAGCAGAUCAGUGAAGGAACUUGCCCAAACCGCCAGUUCUAAGGCACCUGUCUCUCGGCGCGAAGAGAAGUCUGGUGAAGGCUUUGCGCUUUCGCCUGUCCAGAGACUUUACUUCCAGAGUUCAGACUCUUUCAAGGGCGCCGCUCGAUUCAACCAGAGCAUCACUGUUCGCAUCGCUCGCCGUUGUGAGGGCGAGGUCCUCAAGCGCGCUCUUAAGGCUGUUAUCAGCCAACAUGCCAUGUUCCGCGCACGCUUCAGCACAUCUACAGACGGUACUUGGCAACAGAAAACCGCAGCGGAGGUCGACGAAUCUUUCCGAUUCCGCGUUCACUCUGUGGGCGAUACCCGGGCGAUGGUUCCGAAGAUUGCUGACAGUCAAACUUGCCUGGAUCCUCUCAAUGGACCGAUUCUGGCAGCCGACUUGUUUAACCUUCGCACCGGUGGUCAGGUCUUAUUCCUCGUUGCUCACCAUCUCUGUAUUGACAUGGUAUCAUGGCGCAUCGUCCUCCAGGACCUCGAAGAGCUCGUUGUCUCUGGAUCUCUUUCACUCGAAAAGGCACUGUCCUUCCAAAGCUGGUGUGCCAUGCAGACCGAGAGAGCCAAGACACACGAUGCGACUAUUGCUCUGCCAUUUACCCCCGAGAAGCCGAAUUUGCUUUACUGGGGCAUGCAAGGCUCACCCAAUGUUUAUGGAGAUAUCAAGAUGGAAUCCUUCACGUUGAGCGAGGAUACUACCAACUUCAUCCUGGACGGCUGCCACAGCAUCUUCCGGACUGACACUGUUGACAUCUUGCUGUCUGCCAUCAUUCACUCCUUCGCUCGCACAUUCACCGAUCGCAAGGUGCCGACUAUUUACAACGAAGGACACGGCAGAGAACCGUGGGAAGCCGACAUUGAUCUUUCCAGAACCGUUGGCUGGUUUACCACUAUGGCGCCUUUGCAAGUGGAUUCGGAAGCUCAUGCUCUCAACGACAUUAUCAAGCGUGUCAAGGAUACCCGGCGCAAGAUCGCAGAUAAUGGACGUCCCUACUUCGCCAAAAGCCUACUCCAGGACAAGGCUGCCGAUCUCCCUGUCCCGUUGGAAAUCCUUUUCAACUACUUAGGUAAAAUGCAGCAACUUGAGCGAGCUGAUUCGUUGUUCCAUCACCACGGUAGCGUUUUCGACAGCUCGGACUUUGCUGUCGCAGGUGACAUGGGCUCGCAGACUGCUCGUUUCGCCCUCUUCGAAGUAUCUGCCAUCGUGAUCAAAGAUCGCCUCAAUGUUGCUUUCACCUACAACAACAAAAUGCAGCAUGAGGGCUCAAUCCGGCGCUGGAUCCUCCAGUGCAAGCAGACCCUCGAGAAGGAUAUCCUCACACUGAAAACGGCUACCCCCGAGCCCACUCUCAGUGACUAUCCCCUCCUCCCAAUCAACUAUCACGGCCUCCAGAUGCUCACCGCUAGCACCUUCCGCAAGGCUGGCAUUCGGAACAAGGAUGACGUUGAGGACAUCUAUCCCUGCUCUCCCAUGCAGGAGGGCCUCUUGCUCAGCCAGCUCCGCGAUCCCAAUGCCUACAUGUUCCAUACUGUGUUUGAGAUCAAGGAUGGCAAAUCUGGCAAGGUCGAUGCUGAAGGAGUUGCUCGCGCUUGGCAAGCCAUCGUCGACCGUCAUCCUGUGCUCCGAACUAUUUUCGUCGACAGCAACUACACUGGUGGAUCCUUCGAUCAAUUGGUGCUCAAGAACCUUUCCGACAAUAUCCUCCGCGUGGAAUGCCAUGACUCAAAGGUUGAGGAGAAGUUGGCUGCAAUUUCUCUUCGCGACAGGAACGGGAUGCGCCAAUCGAAGCUUUCUCACCAAUUGACUGUCUGCAAAACAACUUCCGGACGUGUUAUCCUCAAGCUGGAGAUUAACCAUGCCAUUAUCGAUGGUGGCUCGGUCGAUGUACUCCUCCGUGACCUGACUCUCGCCUACGAGCGAAAGAUUACCGAGGGCUCAGGACCUCGCUUCAGCGACUACAUCAAGUUCAUCAGAACCCAGAGCCAAAGUGACGCCCUCAGUCACUGGAAGCAAUACCUCGGUGGAGUUCACCCUUGUCACCUCGCUCCAUCGGCUGUUUUCGAAGCCAAGAGAGAACUCAAGGGUGUCAUGAUGAACUUCCAACGAUUCCCUGAGCUGCUUAAGUUUUGCGAGCGCAGCUCUGUGACUCUCGCCAACCUGACCCUGUCCGCCUGGGCCAUCGUCCUCCGGCAGGUCACUGGCUCCGAUGACGUGUGUUUCGGUUAUAUUUCGGCCGGUCGCGAUGCGCCUGUCAAUGGCAUUCAGGACAUGGUUGGAAUCUUUAUUAACAUGCUUUGCUGUCGAGUCCAGUUCUCCGACCGGCAGACUCUGACGGAUGUGUCCAAGAAUGUUCAAGAUGAUUAUAUUCGAUGCAUUCCCCACCAAAGCUGCUCUCUGGCCAGCAUCCAGCACGAGCUUGGUUGGCAGGGGCAGUCGCUCUUCAAUACUACCUUGUCAAUUCAGAACCACUCUGUUGCGGGUGGUCCCAAGGACAAGGGAUUGUCCUUCAAUCUUCAGCACGCACAUGAUCCAAGCGAGUAUGCGGUCACUGUGAACGUUGAGAUUGCCCGAGGCCAGGAGGGUAUUCUUUUGAGAUACUGGAACGAUAUUGUGUCUGAUGAUGAGGCACAGACUCUGGCUGACACCAUCGCCAAAGUGUUUACUGGCUUUAUCGAAUCCCCGGCUGCCACUCUGGCGCAGUCUACAUUCGCCUCCGAGGCUGAACCCGAGUCACUGGAUUGGGAUCGCUCCCAAACCACACUGGCUGACAAGGCAAAGUCGACCGGAGACGCGAUUGAUAGCAGUGCUAUUCAGAAAAUCAUUGAUGAUCGUGUUCAUGAGAUUAUUGGUCGGAUGUUGAGAGAAGGAAAACUGACGGUGCCGCCCAUUCGUACGGAAGGGUUGUCAAGCUAUGGCGGUCACACUGAUACCAUACCUGACUCACCGUACCAGUUAGGUAUACAAGAAGCAGAUGAUUCGGGUGUUUGUUCGGCAACUUCCCGUUCUAGUGAGGAUGGGAUGUCGGCCGAUGUGGAACGGAAAUUGUGGAAUCUUUGGAGCACAGCUCUUGGCCUCUCACCCAACGUGGUGAGACACCAGGACAGCUUCUUCAAGUUGGGCGGUGACAGCAUCACCGCCAUGAAGAUGGUCAGUGCCGCUCGCGAAGAGGGCCUGGUCCUUACUGUUGCGGAUGUCUUCAACAAUCCUGUCUUCGAGGACAUGCUGACAACAGUGCGAGCCGCGAAUGUUACUCAGCAGAUGCUGAAUAUCGAUCUCAAGUCUGGCGGCCACAAGGAGGCUGAUAGUGAUUUGCUCAAUAUUACGCCAACGACAUUGGGGCCAAGCCCCUCUACCGAGAGCCUCGAGGUUCUCAGGCCAUCGUGCGUCGACGAUGCCGCGGUGCAGAGUGGUAUCUGUCCUAAGAUUGGUGUCUUCAAGGGUGGCAUCGCCGAUGUUCUCCCUGUCACCGAUUUCCAGGCGAUGUCUCUGACGGCAACUCUCUUCAAGUCCCGAUGGAUGCUUAAUUACUUCUAUCUUGAGGGCAAUGGUCCCCUGGACUUGAGACGCCUUCGUGAGAGUUGCUUGAAGGUUGUUGCUGCCUUUGAUAUUCUGCGCACAGUCUUUGUGUGCUUCCACGACCAGUUCUUCCAGGUCGUGCUGCGCAAAAUCCGCCCCAGCAUCUUUGUUUAUGAGACCGACCGCGCUCUUGACGAAUUUACCAUGACCCUCCAACAGAGAGAUCGCGAAUACGGACCGCGCGAGGGCGAGCAGUACGUGCAGUUCUACGUUGUCAAGAAGAAGGGCAGCGACCAGCACCGUAUCUUGGUCCGCCUUUCUCACACCCAAUACGACGGAGUGUGCUUACCGAAGAUCAUGUCUGCCAUUAAGCAUGGAUAUGAAGGCACCCCGCUGCCUCCGGUUACUCCCUUUGCUGGCUACUUGCGACAGCUGCCAGGAACAAUCACCCCAGACCAUUACCGCCACUGGUCCGAUCUCCUCAGGGGCUCUCGCAUGACACAAGUCGUCCGCAGAAACGGUACUAGCAUGUUCCAGAAUGUUGGAGCAUUCACCGAGAUUCACAGGAAGAUCGAGAUCUCCCCCACUGCCCUUGGAAAUGUGACUAUCGCAACUGUCAUGCAGGCUGCCUGGGCCCUGGCCCUUGCCAAGCUGUCUGCUCAGUCCGAUGUUGUCUUUGGUCUGACCAUCAGCGGUCGCAACGCCACAGUGCCCGGUAUUGAGAGCACUGUUGGGCCCUGUGUCAAUGUCAUCCCGGUGCGCGUGAAGUUCGACGAGAAAUGGACAGGUGUUGAUCUCUUCCGCUACCUCCAAGAUCAGCAGGUCUCCAACAUGCCUUUCGAGUCUCUCGGCUUCCGCGAGAUCAUCAAGCAGUGUACCGACUGGCCUGACUGGACCUACUUCACCACCUCGGUCUUCCACCAGAACGUCGAUUACGAGGGAAACUUGGAGCUCGACAACAACAAGUACCGUAUGGGUGGUGUCGGCGUCAAUGACAACCUAGCUGAUCUAACCUUGGUGUCACGCCCCUCCGGUGAACGUGGCCUCGAUGUGACUCUCGGCUACUCCGAGAAGGGACCUGUGAUGCCAUCAUUCGCCUCCAAGGUUCUCGACAUGGCCUGUGAUAUUGCGCAAUCCCUCGUUGCCAACCCAACCAACUCACUGCCCUCCGCGAGCAUGCUGCGCUCUCUGCCGCCCCAGACAAUCGACGACCUGCCCCGACGCUCGGACGAGCACUUCCUCAGCGCACACCUCAAGUCUCGCUCCAUCGCAGAGCUGCUUGUGCAUUCGGACAUUCUGUCUCGCUCGUGGCACCAGGUCCUGCCCAGCCGCACCACAGCGGCCCCCGUCGACCCAGAAGCUGACAAGCCAACCCACCAAUCCCAUUUCCAGUUGGACUCGUCCUUCUUUGAUCUCGGUGGUGAUGUCUUCAACCUAGCCCAGCUUACCUGGCUUCUUGAGCAAGAGGGUCUCAAGGUCCGUCUUGAGGAUCUUAUUGAACACCCGUCUUUCCUGGGCCAAAUGGCCGUGCUGGCUCUGCAUAACGCCAAGCACCAGGACGAUAUUCCGACAGAGCUUCUAGCUACCGGUGCUGCAUUGCCUGAUCCUGUCGCCCGCAUCGAAAAGAAGAAGACAUGGUCGAAGGCUAUGACUAUAGCGCGAAAGUUGACUGGGCGAAACACAGUCACCACUCGAGCUUGA